AUGAAUGCCUUCCGAGAUGGUUGGUUCACAGAGGUAGCACCCGAAUCGAUAGAAAAUGAUGAUCCAAAAAUGAAAUUAGUGGCAGAUAAAGAUGAUAACUUGAUCGAUAACCGAAUUUGGUCGGGGCAAGCAUUCUCAUUGAAAGUUGAUGAAGUGCUCGCUCACGAAAAAAGCAAAUAUCAGGAUGUUUUCAUUUUCAGAAGCAGGACACAUGGCAACGUGUUAGCCCUUGAUGGCGUAAUUCAAUGUACAGAGUACGACGAAUUCGCCUAUCAAGAAAUGAUUACUCAUUUGGCAAUGUUUUCUCAUCCACUACCUCAAAAAGUACUAGUUAUCGGUGGUGGUGAUGGUGCUGUUUUGAGAGAGGUACUGAAACAUGAAUGUGUAGAAUCAGUAACAAUGUGUGAAAUUGAUGAAACAGUAAUCAAUCUUUCGAAGAAAUUCCUCCCGCAAAUGUCUGUCGCAUUUAGUAGUCCGAAAUUAAAACUUGUUAUCCAGGACGGGUUUGAUUUCCUGAAGGAACACAAAGGAGAAUUUGAUGUGGUCAUAACCGAUUCAUCUGAUCCGAUUGGGCCAGCGAAGAAGCUUUUCAGUGAAACUUAUUAUGGUUUAAUCAAAGAAGCGCUGACAGAAAAAGGAGUGCUCUCUUCUCAAGGCGAAUGUCCAUGGCUUGACAUAAAGUUUAUUAGGGAUCUCAUUAGACGUGCAUCGGUUUUGUAUCCUCGUGUAGCUUAUGCAGUUGGGUCUGUACCCACAUAUCCCACUGGACAAAUGGGUUAUCUGUUGUGCAGCAAAGAUGAGAAGCAGGAUAUUACGAUACCACUGAAAAUUUUAUCAGAAUCUGAAAUCAAACGCAUGAAUCUGAAGUACUAUAAUUCUGAUGUACAUCGUUCGGCUUUCAUAUUACCGCAGUUCGCAAAAGAGGGUGUACCUUGCAUUGUUGUACGAGUGGUAUUAAACAAAAUGACCUUUUGGAAUGAGUGUCAUGAUAAAUUGUCUGCGAUGAUGCAUUUUAUGAUGUUGCGAAUGCCAAAAGCAGUUGGUAGAUGA